AUGGAGCCGCCCCACCGCUGCGGGUCCCGCACCCAGCGCGCAUACUCGGCCGGCUCCUUGUUCUCGAGCACCACUUUGGAGUACUUGUCUGGGUGCGCGAGGAUGUGUUCGGCCACGCGCGCCCGGACCUCUACAGCCGGGUCCGGGAUGCCGACGACGCCGCCAAAGGCCGUAAACAUGCAGCUGUUGUCGUCGGGCAUGACGCGCAGAACUGGUGGCCAAGGCACGACGGUCUCGUCGACAUCGACGCCUUUGGGGACGAACGGCGGGGGCGCAGGGGUGCUUGAUGUCGGUGCCGGAGCGGACUCGGACGCCGAAGGGCCGCCACUGUCUGUCGGCACGAGCAUGAUGGUUGCGCCGUUCAGCUGCAGGGGGCCCAGCGUCAUGGCGGCUGCGUCGGCGAGGUCCAGCGGUGUCGGCGGGAAGCCCGUCUUGAGCGUGAAGCUCUGCACACCUGUCUUGUCGCGGAUGAGCUCCAGCAGCUGCGCCAGCGUCCAGUCGGCUGCGGCCUCCAGCGUGACGGUGGCGCUGGGGCCGCGGACGCGCAUGCGGAUCGAAGACAUCGUAUCGGGACGCGGGGAUGAAGAAAGAGGGAGGGGGAAUCGAGCGAUAAGAAGCGGGUCUCAGGAUGUGUUCUCCGAGCUCUGCCUGUGCGGCCAAUGGUCUUGUCCUGAGGUUGUAUUUCUGGACAGGACGAAACAGCUCUGCAGGAAGCUCGACCAGAGUUCGGGCUGUGAGCAAGGUGGCGUGUAUCGUAGGCUGCAGCAGACCAGGCCGAGGCUUCGCUCUGUUUCGUUGGGCUUCUUUUGGGCCGCUUUCAGCAAACACAAACAUAAGCGUGGGCUAUCAGAUUGUAGGGGGCAAAUAGGGGGGCGGCUCUUUACCUCGUGA